GAAGCGUGACCAACACGUGCAGGUGCAACUGCUCGACUCCUCAUUCCGGGACAGAUAGCGUGAGAGCGAGCUUCCUCAGAAAUCACGAUGACUGAAAGGUUGAGCGCAUACAAGAAUCGGGGUAAGAGAGAGGAAUACAUGAAACGGAUGAAAGCCGAAGCCGUGGAACUCCGAAAAGCGAAAAAAGAUGAGCAUCUCACGAAGAGGAGAAAUUUGCACGACCACGACGAAGUAGACGAUCUCGAGCUGGAUGAUCUCGCUUUCGAAGCUACGGAUGACGUGCUGGACAAGCUCCCGGAUAUCGUGAGCGCGCUGUACAGCGAGGAUCCUGAGAGGAUCUUCGAAGCGACUCGAAUCUCGCGAAAGAUACUGUCAAGGAAAACGAGUCCCCCGAUCGAUACAUUUAUCAAUGCCAAUACGAUCCCACGAUUCGUCCAGCUGCUCUACGCCGAAAGUCCAGCGCUCCAGUUCGAAGCAGCGUGGGUGCUUACCAACGUAGCGUCCGGCAACGAAUCGCAGACCCGAGCCGCACUCGAGGCAGGGAUCAGUGAUGCCUUCGUCAGGCUGCUCGACAGUUCCUCACCCGAAGUUGUCGAACAAGUUCUAUGGGGGCUAUCCAACAUCGCUGGUACGGGUGCGGAGUAUCGAGACCUCCUCCUGCAGAUGGGUCUGCUACCCGUCCUCGUGAAAUUGGUCGAAUCUACGAACUCCCGCUCGUUACUGGCGACCGCCGCUUGGUGUGUCAGCAACCUGUGUCGGAAAAUGGGGUCCCUUCCUGAAUAUAAAGCGCUGCUUCCCGCAAUCCCGGUCCUCACGAAGCUCGUACAGCACGAUAUGGUUGCCGUCGCGAGCGAUGCCUGCUGGGCACUUUCUUACUUCACAGACGGCUCGAACGAGCGAAUCGAGGCCGUUUGCAGGGCGGGGGCCGUACCACCGAUUAUCAAGCUGCUCCGGAACUGCACAGAUCCGAGCGUUCUGAUCCCGGCCCUCAGAGUCAUCGGUAACAUCGUCACUGGAGACGACCGUCAGACCCAGAUGGUGAUCGACGCUGGCGCGCUCAGCGCGCUGAAGAACCGAUUCGAAGUAGGAGCGGAGGCCACGAAGAAAGAGGUGAUCUGGGCACUUUCGAAUGUUUUGGCCGGGAACGUGGUGCAGAUCGAAGCCGUACUCAACGAGGGCUUGAUGGAACCAUUGAUCAGAAUGUUAUCGGUCGGAGACUACAAAACUCAGUUGGAAGCAACUUGGGCGAUCUGUAACUUCACUUGCGGCGGCACUCCCGUACAGAUCUCGCAGCUCUUCGAAUACGACACCAUUGCGAGCCUUUGUCACAUGCUGGAAUUCGUAGAUGCCCGGCUCAUCAAGGCUAUCCUCGACGCGUUCGGAAAUAUUCUGCGCGCUGCGCAGAGUUUAGAUUCCUUGCCGGAUGUCAUGAACCUUCUCGAUGAAGCCGGCUUCGUCGAUCGCGUGGAAAUGCUUCAGAUGCACGAGCUCGAGGAGAUAUACAAACGCGCGGCCAAUCUCUUGGGCCUCUAUUGGAACGAUUGCUCGGACGAUGAUGAAGUAAUAGAUGACAUCAAUCCCGACGGCUCUCGGCGUUUCGGAAUCCCGGAAAGCUUCUCAGAUAUCGUCAUGUGACGAUCCAGAUCAACCUGCAACAUUCUGACGUGACCUGUUGAUUAGAAUUUGUGUACAAGGGGCACGUAAUAUUGGAAAGGGGGAGACUGAACUUUUAUGCUUCAAGAUUAUAAUUCGAGGGAAAUCAGCUCUAUGUCAUCCCCCUCUCCUAGGGUGGGAGACACCCUUUGGUGAAUAUAUAUUUUUGUUCGUUCAAGUCUGACUGGACUCUUCAUCAUUGGGGAAUGAAGUUCGAGAGGAAAUAAAUUCUUCCAUGAAAUCUCA